GUCAAACAAAGGUCUUGUUAGAUAGUCUGUUUGCUUGAGAUUCUGGAAUAUGAGUUGCAGCAGUUUUGAGUUUGCUUUUUCUUGUGUUGAAGGGUAAGUCUAUGGUUGGAAGAAUCAUGUCAACAUCAAGGGGAGUGGAUACUAUUGUACAGGGGAUUGGAAUAUUUUUUAGAAGAAACCAUGGAGGCAAAUGGGUUUUAUCAGGUGAGCAGCUUGGAAUGAGGUUACAGAGAGCAGAGCAGAGGAGAAAUGAAGAGUGAUUGGGUAUGACUUUGUGUCUUUUGUUUGGCAUGUUGUGGUUGUUAAUUAGGAGGGAAUGCAGCA